GUGCGGGCGGCGGCGCGCGGGACCCCCCGGCCUGGGCACGCGUCCCCGAGGGCCGCAGGACGGCACGGCGCCGCUGGGGGCAGCUGCGCUCAUCCGCCGCCUCGGGGCGGCACACGGCGCUGCGCAACGGCCGGCCUGGCAGCCCCGGCACAGCAUCACCUGUUCGUUCUCCCGCAUCACUGCGGGAUGGAGACGUUGUCAGGGAGAGAGAAGCAGCGAUGCUGGAGCUGUUAGGUAGAAAGCCACGGGCACAAACGCAGCCAGGGCGGGAAAGGGCCGUGCUCAACAUUCCUCACAGCGCCAGGAGCCGUGCAGGCAGUUUCCACAUGGAGGGGGAUGAUAAUUUCACUUACUGUCCAUCAACGGGCUUAGCUGAAGGCAAUGAGCACACCCCAUUUGCUGGCUGGGCCUUUCCAUUCCCAGGGGUGUUUUUGGCAGAGGAGUUCGUCAGUGAGGAGGAGGAAGCAGAGAUGGUUGAACUGAUGGACCGGGAUGAAUGGAAGCCCUCGCAGUCCGGCCGGAAGAAGCAGGAUUACGGACCCAAAGUGAACUUCAAGAAGCAGAGGUUGAAAGCUGGUGGCUUUACUGGCUUGCCAAGUUUUAGUAAAAAGAUUGUAGCACAGAUGGAGGCCUGCUCUGUGCUAGGUGGUUUCUUGCCUGUUGAACAAUGCAAUCUGGACUACAGGCCAGAAAGAGGUUCUGCCAUUGACCCGCAUUUUGAUGAUUGGUGGCUGUGGGGAGAGCGUCUGGUUAGCUUAAACUUGCUCUCAAAAACUGUGCUGUCCAUGUCUUGUGAUUCAGAGGACACCAUCCAAUUAUUUCCUACUUUCGGUAAUGAAAACGGGGAAUUAAAUCCCCGUGCAUCUCUUACACAGACGUCAGCGUGCGAGAAUUCAGGCAAACAGGGAAGCAGCUGCCUUUUAUCCCCCAGGCUCGUCCCAAGUAAGGAAGUGACUGUUGCCAUUCACUUACCCAGGAGGUCUCUGGUGGUGCUGUACGGUGACGCACGCUACAAGUGGAAGCACGCCAUUUACCGCAGGCACAUCGAGCAUCGGCGAGUGUGUGUCACCUUCAGGGAGCUGUCUGCAGAGUUCAGUGCUGGAGGAAGGCGUGAGGAGCUGGGUAAGGAACUGCUGGAGAUAGCUCUUUCCUUUCAAGGAGCGCCGGUGUGAUCAGCAAAGGGCGGCUCGGAUCGCGUCCUAAGAAGUGUGAGAAAUAAAAACCCGGAUUUGUAGAA